AUGUUUGGAGGCAAUGGCUUGUUACACAAUUUGAUCCGGAGUUUCUUCAAGGAUCGUUCCAACUUCCAUCCCGUCGGUACUGCUGCUAUGUUACCCCGGGAGAUUGGUGGAGUUGUCGAUGUCAACCACGCUGCCUACGGCACCGCUAACGUGAGGGUUGUUGAUGCCUCCGCCCUGCCCUUCCAAGUCUGCGGCCACUUGGUCAGCACUCUGUAUUCCGAGGCCGAAAGAGUGGCUGAUACCAUUAAGAGCUAG